AUGGCAAGCGCACACGCCAUCCAGAUUAAGCCCGACAACACUGGGAUGUGGCAGAUUCGCCAGAGUGAACCUGCGGCCAAGAAAGCCACGGACCUGCUGCAGAAGGACUUUGAGACGCACCACUGUUUCUUCAAUAGCGAAGGCUUUCACAACCAUAUCAGUCAUCACAUACUGGCGCUGUACGGAACUGGGGCUUCUCCUGAAGACUUAGAGAAGGCCUAUGAUGACAAUGCAUCUUACCAACGGUCGAUGUACCAGGUUCACGAGGACCGGAUCGAAGCACUCCACGAUUGGGAGAAGGCCAAACAGCGCAUGGGCAAAGAACAAUAUUACACUGACUUCUUAGUCUUCUUCCAACGCGAAAUCCAAAAGCUCGGAUGGGAGAAGGUCCUGGACCAGUACAUGUUCAAAGGCGAUGAGAGGAGUGAGGAUAUGCUGAUUCGGAUGCAUGGAGGUUUCCUUCACCCCCUUAUCCAACUGAUGUAUGGUGUGGAGUGGCAACAGCCAGCCAUAGUUGCAAUGGCACUAGCUCAAGCUGCUGUUCAUGAGGACAACCUCAGAAGUUUUCUUCUUACGGCCGAAGAGGCAUCCAAAUCCGCUUCUACACCAAUGCCAAGUAUAGCAAGCCUUCUCGAUGUUGUCAAAGCAGACGAGAAAUUGGCCACCGCUGCCAUAUUGGGAGACAGCAACAAGGUCCGCGAUGGCGUUCUCACGCGUGCCCGGGAUGAGAUCAUCCGGAUCGCCGGUCAGGUGAAAAUCAAGCCAGAGGAGCUUGACGAAAGAACGGUCGAGAUGUACAACACGGCGAUUUACGAGGGAGCGGCUGCUGCCAUCCGUCCUGGCAAGGACGCGAAGUUCGACUUCUUCCUGAUCCACCAUAUCAACGUCUGCCCAAUCUAUCUAGCCUUCAACAAGAUGCGCUGGGUUUCCACCGAGACCAAGGUUCGCCUGUUGGAAUGGAAGAUACGCAUGGAUCUCAUUCAGUACGCCGCAAGGGCAUGCGCGCCGCUAUCAGUCGACAAGAUCACCUCGUAUGUCCCGCGAGACAAGAAGCCUGGACCUGCAAUCGAGCUAUUGCCUCGCAUACACUCGCUAGAAGAAGACGGCCAUGUCGUCAAGCUCUUUCGAGCGAUAGGUGUGGGCCAGAAUGCCAGCAAGGAAUACGAAGAUAAGGACUGGAUGAAGAUCAAGGGCGAUCUGUGGACGAAGAUCGGCCAUAUGGUGUUUGACGGGGCUGAGACCCCGGGGCCAACAUGGAUUCGUGGUUCGGGUGACCCCGACGCGUGGAAGGAGGUCCAUGAUCGAGCAGAACCGAACAAGGAGCAUCUCUGA